ACGCAAGGAAACCCGGAUCCUGGUCGCGCGCAUCGUCAGCCACGUCACCGAUCAGCUGUAGAUGAUCAGAGUUACACUGAGAUUAUAUUAAAACGUUAUAUUUUUAUAUUACAACAGAUAUAACAGGUGUGUGUGUGUGUGUAUAUAUAUAUAUAUAUAUAUGCACAGUGCUAUAUGACGUGCACGCGCUUGCAGGAGGAACAUCUGAUCUGAGAACAGCUGUUGAACUGUUCACUUCAGUGCAUUGAUCUGUUCUGAUCAUUAAUCGAUAAAAUGAAUAUCUUCCGUCUGGCUGGAGAUGUUUGUCAUCUCGUCGCGAUUAUUAUUCUGUUCCUGAAGAUAUGGAGAUCUAAAUCAUGCGCAGGUAUUUCUGGGAAGUCUCAGGUGCUGUUUGCUCUGGUCUUCACCACCAGAUAUCUGGACCUGUUCACAGCCUAUAUCUCCAUCUACAACACCGUCAUGAAGGUGGUGUAUUUGGCGUUGGCGUACGCCACCGUCAGUCUGAUUUACUCCCGCUUCAGGAACUCGUAUGACUCUGAGAGCGACUCGUUCCGUGUAGAGUUUCUGCUGGUUCCUGUUGCUGGUCUGUCUUUCCUGGAGAAUUACGCUUUCACACCACUGGAGAUUCUGUGGACGUUCUCCAUCUAUCUGGAGUCGGUGGCGAUCCUGCCGCAGUUGUUCAUGAUCACGAAGACGGGCGAGGCGGAGUCCAUCACCACACACUAUCUGUUCUUCCUCGGCCUGUACCGCACGCUCUACCUCGCUAACUGGGUGUGGCGCUACCACACGGAGGGGUUCUUCGAUCAGAUCGCCGUGGUGUCCGGCGUCGUCCAGACCAUCUUCUACUGUGACUUCUUCUAUCUGUACUUCACCAGAGUGCUCAGAGGAAGUGGAAAGAUGAGUCUGCCAAUGCCGGUGUGAGAUUGGAUCAAGCCCCUCCCCCCGCAUUAAACCACACCCCCAGCAGUGACAUCAUCAGGUCUUCCUCUCUGCUGUGGUGUGAAUGAUGCGUACAGCUGGACGUGCCUUAAUGUUUGUGUUCAUAAAGACGAUGUGCAGGUGUGUGUCUGGAUCACACCUGUGCUUUUCUUUCAUUCAUGUAGUAAAGGACUUUUCUGAUGAUGUCUUUGUUGUUUUUGACCUUUCUUUGCUUUUAUUUUGUUAAGGGAAUUACAGUCUUCCUCUGUGUGUGUGUGUGUGUGUGUGUGUGCUCGUGCGCACAACUAUUACAUUUUAUGAAUGUUUGUAUCAACUAUAUUUCACUCUGAAAAUGACACAUAAUGGAGGUUUGACAAUAGCAGUUUAUACGAACAUGGCCUCAUUUUUAUAAAGUGUAUUUUAUAAGAUGUCAAUAAAGAAUGUGUUGAGUAGAUGA